CAUUUUAAUAUUUGUAUGUCCUUUUAAUAGCAUAUUGGAAUACUGUUGUUGUGUUAAGAGCUCAAAGCCCCUGGACUUAAUAAAUAUAUAAUUUACAAUGCAAGGUCUACAAGAAAUACCGAUAUCCACUAGUUGUGAACCAGCAAAAUUUGAGUAUACAAAAAGGUCUUAUGCCGAAAUGUUUCAAGUAUUACAAUCCUUACGCCAACAUGAGGUUCUUUGUGAUAUUAAACUGGAAACGGAUGACGGUACAAUAAUAUUUGGACACAAAGUGGUUUUAGCAUCUGCUAGUCAAUAUUUCCAAGCAAUGUUCACACAUUUUGCAGAAAAGAAUAAAGAUCUUGUAGUUAUAAGAGAAUUAGAUUCUAUCACCUUACAACUAUUAGUAGAUUUUAUUUAUUCUGGGAAAAUCAUGGUCACCGAGAAUAAUGUACAGAAUUUAUUACCAGCGGCAAAUCUCUUGCAAUUACAAGAAAUAAAGGAGGCAUGCUGUGGUUUUUUACAGACACAACUGCACUUUACAAAUUGUCUUGGUGUAAAGGCGUUAGCAGAUUUACACAGCUGUCCACAAUUAUUAACAAGUUCAGAAUUGUAUAUUAAACAACAUUUUUUAGAUGUUAUUGAGGGUGACGAAUUCCUCUCCUUAUCAUCUGAUCAAGUAGUUAAGUUGAUCUCCAGUGAUGAACUUGCAGUUCCAUAUGAAGAAAAGGUAUUUGAAUGUGUUAUUCGUUGGGUAACACAUGAAUUGGAUUCUAGACAAUGUAUGUUACCCCAAUUAAUGGAACAUGUGCGAUUGCCAUUACUAUCGAAAAAUUACAUAUUAACAAAAGUAAUUGAGGAACCUCUUCUAAAUAAUGGUCUUUGUAAAGAUUAUAUUAUGGAGGCAUUAAAUUUUCAUUCACUUGGGUCAGAUCAGCUUAUCGGCUCAAUUCCAAAAAAUAUACGUACUAAACCUAGGCUUGGAGAUAAAGUUAUUUUAGUGGUUAGUGGAUCUGGGCAUUUUGAAAAUCGUACAGAAUGGUACGAUCCAAAAAUCAAGCAAUGGCAGUAUGGACCAGAAAUGACUCUUUCCCGUGUUAAAGCUGGUCUAGCUGUAUUAAAAAAUAAUUUUGUGUUUGCUAUGGGAGGUCAUAGUUGUGGAUUACCUGUCCAGACUGUUAAUGUGCUUGAUUUAUCAUCAGAACUACCCUGUUGGGAAUCAUCCGUUGACAUGUUGGUUAAAAGAAGUAAAUUAUGAGUUGGCGUGAUAA